AUGGUCUCGAGUAAAAAGUCCUGCCCAAGAGCAUUCGCCAGCCAGGAAGGCCACGGCGCCCCCAGCGAGCCAGGAAAGCCGCGGCGCCCCCAGCGAGCCAGGAAAGCCGCGGCGCCCCCAGCGAGCCAGGAAAGCCGCGGCGCCCCCAGCGAGCCAGGAAAGCCGCGGCGCCCCCAGCGAGCCAGGAAAGCCGCGGCGCCCCCAGCGAGCCAGGAAGGCCGCGGCGCCCCCAGCGAGCCAGGAAGGCCGCGGCGCCCCCAGCGAGCCAGGAAGGCCGCGGCGCCCCCAGCGAGCCAGGAAAGCCGCUGCACACCCAGCGAGCCAGGAAAGCCGCUGCACACCCAGCGAGCCAGGAAACCCGCAAGCCAGGAAAGCCGCGGCGCACCCAGCAAGCCAGGAAAGCCGCGGCGCACCCAGCAAGCCAGGAAAGCCGCAAGCCAGGAAAGCCGCGGCACACGCAGCGAGCCAGGAAAGCCACGGCACACCCAGCGAGCCAGGAAACCCGCAAGCCAGAAAAGCCGCGGCACCCCCAGCAAGCCAGGAAAGCCGCGGCACCCCCAGCAAGCCAGGAAAGCCGCGGCACCCCCAGCAAGCCAGGAAAGCCGCGGCACCCCCAGCAAGCCAGGAAAGCCGCGGCGCACCCAGCAAGCCAGGAAAGCCGCGGCACCCCCAGCAAGCCAGGAAAGCCGCGGCACCCCCAGCAAGCCGCGGCACCCCCAGCAAGCCGCGGCACCCCCAGCAAGCCGCGGCACCCCCAGCAAGCCAGGAAAGCCGCGGCACCCCCAGCAAGCCAGGAAAGCCGUGGCGCACCCGCCAAGCCAGGAAAGCCGCGGCGCACCCGCCAAGUCAGGAAAGCCGCGGCGCACCCGCCAAGUCAGGAAAGCCGCGGCGCACCCAGCAAGCCAGAAAAGCCGUGGCGCACCCAGCAAGCCAGAAAAGCCGUGGCGCACCCAGCAAGCCAGAAAAGCCGUGGCGCACCCAGCAAGCCAGAAAAGCCGCGGCGCACCCGUCUGA